CUCCUGGCGGGGAGGGGGAGGAAACAGUUGAGUCACGUGGCCAGCGCCAAGAUGGCGGCCGAGCUGCUCGCUGCGCCUGCGCUCCUCGGUUGCUAGGGGCGGCGGUCAGCGAGUCCGGCAGUGGGAGCCGGCACCGCUUGCCUUCCUUCGGCCGCCUGGCGAUGGAGGAGGCCCAAGUGGGUCCCGUCCCGCCUUCCGAGAAGGGAAACGACACUCCCUCUGGGUGCCAGCAGCAGCACCAGCAGCAAGCGGUCAUCCACCCAGUGGCCCGGGAGAGGGUGUGCGGCCGCCUGCAGGACAGUAAAAGCCUGGACGGCAUCAGCGAGGUACUGGCUGGCGUCCGAGGCCGGGACGGCAAGCUGGAAGGACGGAGGGCGACCAUCUCCAGUGCCCUGGAGCUGGAGGGUACCGUCAGCCACGACGGGGAUCUCACUCACUAUGUGGCCAACAAUCUGCAGGAUAAGAUAAAAAUGAGUUCAAAGCAGAGCCUGGACCUGGAGUCUGGAAGUAGCGUGAAAACCAGAAGUAUGCAAAGGUUAAAAUCAGACAAUCCUCCGAUAGAUCCUGGUGUCCUGCUAGAUUUGGAGCGAGAUGCAAAGGAGGUCGCUCAGAAAGUCGAUCAGAUGCUGAAAAGCCUAAAUGCCACAAUUCAGAACAUGACCGCAUUAAGUGUUGGCUACAUUCAAACGUAUCGAGAUUCAGUGGAUAGUCUUGGAGAGUCAGUGGAUAUGAGUAUAAAGGGCAUGUAUACAUUAAUGGCCCGAUGUGAAGAGCUGGACAGAUCUAUGCAGCCUAUUCUUGUGUUGUCAAAACAGAUCCGUGAGGUGAAAAGAACUCUGGAAAUGUUUGAGACACUCUGCAAAUAACUGGCUCUGUUGAAAUGGUCCAGUGGUUGACUUUUCUUGUUCUGAUAUUUUUACUGACUAUUACAAUGUCAAUAACUGCUGCAAUAGAACAUCUUUACAAUUAGCAGCACUUUGGACACUGGUGAUGGCAUCUGCAAAUCCUUCAAAGCCUGAUUGUAGUGUUGCUAAACAAAACUUCAUGCAGUUGGCUUAGCAAACUUGUUUACAAGCACCUUGAGAUUUACAUUAUGUUCAACAGAAGUAAAAACAUGUGCAAGCAGUACAUAAUUCAUUGCCCUUAUUCCUCCUUUAAGUGGAAAGUCUACUGCUUUUGCAUUGAUUUGAAUUGGCAAAUUGGGUUAACCUGCCUAGUUUCUGAACGAGUGUUGGAAGAAGCUAUACUUCUUGGAUUAAAAAAGGUCUUCAAUAACAAUGGAAAUGGAGAGCACCAUAAACCUGUCAAUCUACUGCCUCAGAAGCAAAACGUUUGGGGAAAUGUAUUUAUCAUAAAAUGCACUUAAGACAAUGAAUUUUUUAGGGAAAAUAAAAUGGUAAUACAGUUUGAA